GUUCCGAAGCCUGUGGAUGGAUGAAGAAGGAUUCCAACUCCGAUCACGGUCGAUGUCGAAGGCCUGGAGCCAGUCAGACAAGGCAAGUCAGCCAGGUGGUUGUUCAGUACGUGCAUGGCGCUCGGUAAGCGGACGAGGCUGGAGAUUCUGGAUCAUCUUGCCCGGCCCCGGCCCGGAGUCCCGCCAUUCUUACACCCUCGGCCUCCGUGGUCAGAAGAUCAGAGCCCCGUAAUUACGCUCGGCCUCAAUCGUAAAUACUCCCACACCUGAACCAAUUCACAUCAGACCCCGCAGACAAGACAUCACAAGUACGUGACCCCGGCGGCAAGCGUCUUGAUGGCGCUACGAAGAUUGCCAUCUCUGAUGCUCCAGCUGCCUGGCCAGCCCGCCAUCACUACGCUCUGCAGGCUGUCUCACGAUCCGCAUUCCUUCCCUUCCCCUCUCCUCCCGGGGCAUAAUUAGCGUCCAGCAAGCGAAGCUUCGCCGGGGUGGUGCCUUCAAUCCGCGAGCGAGGAUGCCCAAGGGAGAUCGAGCGGCGCCGUGAUCGGUCUGUGUUCCAGUGGGGGGAGCUUUGUAAUGCGCUCGUAGCGCCGCGGGGCUGGGAGAUAGAGAUUGAUAGAUAGAUAGAGAACUUGGACCGACAGGGGGGGAAGAGCGGCCAGCACCAAUGUUUCCCAUGGCGCCUGCGGGGAACUUCGAGGGCGACGUGAAGCGCGUCGUGAGCGAGCUCGGGGGGCACCACGGGCGCGUAGCUGCAGCAGCAGUGGCGGCGGCGGACGUCGAAGGGGGUCGAUUUCAUGAAGCGAAUGCGAUCGCGAAUUCGAGCGCGAAUGCGAACGCGGCGCGAGUGAGCGACGAGGAGACGGCGCGAGCGCGGGCGGGCGCGUCGCCGGGGGGCGUCGGGGAGAAGGCGUUCACGGCGCGGUUGAACAUAAUCGACCUGGACGAGGACCUGAGGAGGAACUGGAAGGUGGCGGUGGAGGGAGGCCCGAGGAAGAGCUUCGCGGUGGACGUGGAGGCGGCGGGGGCGGGCGCGGACCCCAGGAAGAACUGGGCGCUGGCGGUGGAGGACGGGCCCCGGCGGAGCUUCGCGGUGGAGCCGGUCACCGAGAGCAUGGGCGCCGGCGGCAUGGACCUGCUGGCGCGCAAGAGCAUCUCGCUCGAGGGCAUCUGGCAGGGCGAGGCCGAGCCCCGGCGCAGCUUCUCGUACGAGGACGCCGCGGCGCUCACGCCCCGGCGCAGCAGCUGGAGCCUCGACGUCGCGCCGCCCCGCAAGAGCGCCGACGGCAAGCGCCACAGCGAGGGCGACCGGCGCAAGAGCAAGUCGCCCUCGUUCCUCGCCUUCCCCUGCGAGCCGCGCGACAUGAGCAUGGAGCUCGCCAAAUUGACCAUCAUGCCUCCUUUGAACGAGUCCGUCGAAUCCACUCCCAAGCUCAGCGCCACUCUCCCCGUCUCCCUCAAGUUCGAGAACAUCGAGUACCGCGUAUCGAACGAAUUCGAGAGCUCCUGGAAGGACGUGAAGAGCUGGGGGCAAAAGUUCCGCAGGGCAAGGCGGGAGAGAGUGAUUCUGCAUGGGAUCAGCGGAAGGGUGCAUCCCGGGGAGAUGCUGGGGAUGCUGGGGCCGUCGGGGAGUGGGAAGACGUCGCUGCUGCAGAUCCUCGCUGGUCGCUGCUCCAAGUACGAGGGAACAAUCACUCACAACGACGUGCCGUUCGUCAAGGCCAUGACUCGGAGAACCGGCCUCGUGACGCAGGACGACAUUCUCUACGCGCAUCUGACAGUGCGGGAAACUUUGGUCUGCGCUGCUCUGCUCAGAUUGCCUCGUGAAUUGUCCAGGAAGGAGAAGCUGCGCCGAGCUCAGGACGUGAUCACCGAGCUGGGAUUGGAGCGGUGUCACAACACCAUGGUGGGCGGAAGCUACGUCCGAGGAGUUUCUGGAGGGGAGAGGAAGCGGGUGAGCAUCGGGUGCGAGAUGCUCACGGACCCGAGCCUGUUGCUGCUGGAUGAGCCGACCUCGGGACUCGACUCCACCGCCGCUCUAAGUAUGGUGAGAACUAUGAGAAAUCUGGCCCAAAGCGGGAAAACCAUCAUUUCUACAAUUCAUCAGCCGUCCAGUGUAAUAUUUCACAUGUUCGAUAAGGUGUUACUCCUCUCUGAAGGGCAGCCCAUGUUCUACGGCAAGGGAAGUGCAGCACUCGACUACUUCGAGUCCAUCGGGUUCCACCCAACCUUCGCCACAAACCCCGCCGACUUUCUUCUCGACCUUGCGAAUGGAGUUACACACAACCUGGAUGAUCUGCACCGCGAAGUAUCAUCGGCUGUCCCCAGAAGGAGGCGGGCCAAAGACCAAGCCGAGGAACGUAACUGCGUGAAGAAGAUUCUGAAGGAAGCCUACAUAGCACACAUUGUGCAGGAGAGCAAAACCGAGUCCAUGUCACGCGAGCUGAAGCCGAAAACAUUCCAGGAAAUGGAGAGCUACCAUGACACCGUGAGCAAAAGAGAGUGGUCAACGUCUUGGCCGCAGCAAUUCGCCAUCCUGUCUCGUAGAGCUUUGAAGGAGAGAAGACACGAUAGCUUCAGUGCUCCUCGAAUAUUGGAAACUUUGUUGGUGGCUGUAAUUUCUGGACUCAUAUGGUGGGACUCGUCUGAUAAGAUCGAAGACCAGGUGGGCCUACUCUUCUUUUCGUCCACCAUUUGGGGAUUCUUCCCUCUGUUCAACUCAAUUUUCACUUUCCCCCAAGAGCGUGAUAUGCUCAGGAAGGAGAGAUCGUCGGGAAUGUACAGACUGUCAGCGUACUUUCUAGCCCAGUCGACUGUGGACGUACCGAUGGAGCUGGUGUUGCCCUUCAUAUACAUGGUCAUCGUCUACUGGAUGGGGGGGCUCAAGGCAAAUGCUGUGGCUUUUCUCGCCACGUGCGCAGCUGUUAUGUCCAACGUUUUGGUGGCCCAAGGCUUGGGCCUGGCAAUCGGUGCAGUUUGCAUGAAUAUCAAACAUGCGUCGACUUCAGCAUCGGUGAUGAUGCUCACCUUUCUUCUGGCCGGAGGAUUCUACGCCAAAGAUAUUGCUCCCGCUCUCAGAUGGCUCAAAUACGUUUCCUUCAGCUACCACGGAUUCAAGCUCGAGCUCAACUCUCAGUUCGGUGCCGAUGAUGAGUACCCUUGUAGCACGGGCCAGUGUCGGGUAGCCGAUAUCGAUGCCGUCUCAACAGUCGGCUUGGGUGGGAACUUGGUCUCAGCACUAGCUAUGCUUGGGCUGUUUGUAGGAUUCCGCCUCAUUGCCUACAUAGCUCUCAGACGUACCAAGAUUUGAGUACGAGUGAACUGCAGUUGGAAAAUAUUUCCCCAACAUUGUAUAGUUGCGUCGAUCAGAUGAAACGUCGUCGUGUUAGGUGUACAAUUCUCAAGUAGGAACGCCAACGAGGUCUUGCAGCUGCCUCGUGUCCAAUGUACCAUAUCUGGGAUGAGCCUUCAAAAGGGUGUAAGUAAAG